AUGGCCGGCCAGCGGCAACCCGUCGGGCACGCCGGAACGUCGACCUCCUGGCAUCGGCCGGUGUCCACCGCCGACGCUGACACCUACGGCAGCUCGUCGACCCUGUCGGCCGAGACGGCGACUGGUUCAUACGUGCUCACGGUCGCGGACUACUCCGGUGACAAGGAACUCGACGCCGCCGGUUGGGCCCUCCCGUCAAAUAAGUUCACCGCCGGAGGGUGCUCCUGGCGCAUCACGUACUCCCAUGACCAUGAGGAUUGGAUACGCUUCUGGCUCUGUCUUGAAGAACCGCCCGUCGCCGGUGGCACAGAUCUCGAUGAUGCCAUGGUCCGAACCAUGUACAGCUUGGUUGACCAGGCCGGGCAGCCAGUGCCGUCUUCAUUAAGGAAAGAAACUGAACGUGCCUUGUCAACCAUGAAAUCCAUGCGCUACACGCAGUUCAUGAAAAGGAAGAGAUUCGAGUCCUACUAUCUGAAAGACAAUAGAUUCAGCGUGAGAUGCAAUGUCACGCUGGUCAGAAGGACGUGCAGACUGUCCGGAGUAAUGGCGCCGCCGGACCUGCGCCGGCAUCUUGGGGAACUCCUCGCCAGCGGGGUUGGGGCGGACGUGACGCUCGAGGUGGGUGGGGAGGCGUUUGCCGCGCACUCGAGCGUGCUCGCCGCGCGGUCGGCGGUGUUCCAGGCGGAGCUGUUCGGCGGACCGCCAGACAAGGAGGAUGCGUCAGUAACGACGAGGCACGUCAGGAUCCAUGACAUUGAGCCGAGCGUGUUCAGGGCUCUGCUCCACUUCAUCUAUACCGACUCGUUGCCUGAGAUCGACGCCGGCGACGAGACAGUGAUGGCUCGGCGUCUGCUCGUGGCGGCACAGAGGUAUGGACUGGAGGGGCUUAAAUGGAUAUGCGAGGAUGUUCUCUGCACCUUAUGUCCUCGGAGAGCUGCAAAGCAGUUGUCCCUCUGUUCUUGA